ACUGCUGCUCAGCAGAUGAGGGUUGAACUUCCUGGGUCAGAUGCUGCAGCUGCUGCAACCUCCCUCGCCUCCUCCAUUGUGAGCCGGGAGCCCGGGCGGAGCUGCUGUCGCUGCUGCUGCCCAGCGGGGUCCGUGCGGGGAGAGCCCUUCCCUAGCGCCCCUCGGGGCCCGGCCGGGGGGACUUGCUCCGGGGGCUGGGAGCAGCCCCGGGCUCUGCCGACACCAGCCCCUGAGCCGGAGGCUGCAGGUCAUCAGUCCAUGGAGAGACAGGGAAGGGAAAUGGCUGCAGCGGAGCAGGUGACCUUCGAGGAGGUGGCUGUGUAUUUCUCCAAAGAGGAAUGGGCUCUGCUGGACCCAGGUCAGAGAGCCCUCUACAGGGAUGUGAUGCAGGAGAAUUAUGAGACUGUGACAUCGCUAGGAUUUUCAGUUUCCAAACCCAGUGUGACCUCCUGGCUGGAACAAGAGGAGAAACUGUGGGUCCCCAGUCUCCAGGAAUGGGGGAUUCUGAGAGAUGCCUACACAGCAGGUGAUAAGAUUGUGAAUGAGAACAAGGAGGAGAAUCAGGAACAUCAUGAACAAUUGGAACCACAUAGGACAUCAGGAAGAUCUGAAGGGGAGGCUUCCCAGAUUUCUGAGCAUGGAGAUGCUGCCCCUCUGGCCUGCACUGACUUUUGCAUGCAAGAAAACCAGACAGGGCAGAGAUCGUGUAAAUCCUCUGACCAGAAAAUAUGGGUCAAGAAAAACAAAGACACUGUUCAACAGAGAAUCCCCAUUGGUAAGACACCCUACACAUGCGGUGACUGUAGGAAAAGUUUCCGGUGCAGAUCACAACUUACUAGACACCAGAGAACCCAUACAGGAGAGAGACCCUACACAUGCCUGGACUGUGGGAAAAGAUUCAAACAGAGCUCGGCCCUAAUUACACACCGUACAGUCCACGAACGAAAGAAGACCUAUAACUGCCCUGACUGUGGGAAAGGCUUCAGUCGGAGCUCAACCCUUAUUCAGCAUCAAAGAAUCCACACAGGAGAGAAACCUUAUGAAUGCAGUGAGUGUGGGAAAAGCUUCCGUGUGAGCUCAAAUCUUCUAUCACAUCAGAGAACUCACACAGGGGAGAAACCCUAUGAAUGCCCUACUUGCGGGAAAAGCUUCAUUCAGAGCUCAAACCUUCUAUCACAUCAGAGAACCCAUACAGGAGAGAGACCAUACCAAUGCAAUGAGUGUGGGAAAAGCUUCAGUCAAAGUUCAUCCCUUAUUAAGCAUCAGAGAAUUCACACAGGAGAGAAACCCUAUAGCUGCCCAGACUGUGGGAAAAGCUUCAGUUACAGUGUAGAACUCAAUGAUCACCAGAGAACCCACACAGGGGAGAGACCCUACAAAUGCAAUGAGUGUGGGAAAACCUUUAGUUGCCUCUCACACCUUCGAUCACAUCAUACAACCCACACAGGAGAGAAACCAUAUAACUGCCCUGAAUGUGGGAAAAGCUUCACUCGCAGGUCAACCCUUACUACUCACCAGAGGAUCCACACAGGGGAGAAACCCUUUAAGUGCUCCGAAUGUGGAAAAAGCUUCCGUGCAAGCUCAGCCCUUUCUGAACAUCAAAGAAUCCACAGUGGAGAGAGACCCUACAAGUGUCUUCACUGUGGGAAAAGUUUCUAUAACAACUCAGCCCUUUCUAAUCACCUGAGAUCCCACACAGGUGAGAGACCUUACACAUGCAAUGAGUGUGGGAAAAGCUUUAGAAGCAGCUCACACCUGCUGUCACAUAAGAGACUCCACAGUGGUGAGAAACCCUAUAAGUGCACUGACUGUGGGAAAGACUUCCGGCACAGCUCAAACCUCAGUACACAUAAGAGAAUCCACAUAGGACACACACCCUAGGAAUGUCCUGGUUAGAACUGGGCCAAGUGAAGGACCUUUUCUGAUUCCCAUGAAUCUUAGAGUCAGGCCAGGCUGGAGUGGCUAUGUAACUAGGACAUGAAAUGUUUAUUAAAGCAGAAAAUGAAAUCAUCUUCCUCGGACAGAACCAUGCAGAGCAAGAGACUGAGAUAAGAUUUGCACAUUGUAACUGCAUUUGAUUAUGACUUCUCAAGAAACUGUGAAUGUCCUCCUUCAUCUCCCAGUUUUACUUUUGAUGUUCUCACAGGGGUAGUCAAUUAUUUUUGUCAAGAUUGUCCAAAUUUCUUGGUCAAGGUAUAGUCAAGGUUCAGGCUUCAGAGCAAAUAAUAAUAAUAAAAAAUGACAAUAAUCAUAAGUAAAUAAAAAGAGUUUGGGGCCCAUUCAAAAGUGUCUGGCGGCCCGGAUUUGGCCCGUGGUUGACCUAUUGACUCCCCCUGACCUAGAACCAGCUCCAUCUUAUAGAAUGUGACUUCUAAUUUAUACUUGAUAAUGUUUUAGACCUCGAUGCUCCAAGGGACUGAGGUGCUGUGACACUUGAGGAUUGCAAUACCUAACUUUUAGGCAACUUUAAGAAAAUCACAGAUACCACACUGGGAUCCACAAAACCUGAGUUAGCAGGCUAGGCUCCAUAGAAAAUGAAUGGGGUGAGAUAGGCAUUUUAGAUUGUGAUUCACAAAGGCCAGCAGGUGGGGAGCCACCAAAGCUAGCCAAUGGGACAUGCCAAUGAAAGUGGUGUGGUCUAAGCCCCAUCCCUCUCACAGAGAUAGGUGCCUCUCUGGUCUUGCAAUUCAUGAUUGGGCAUGUUCAGAGGCAAUGUAACUCAGCACAAAACAACAGGGGAUUGAGGAGGAGAAAGACAACCUUCUUUGUAACCUUUAGCACAGAUGUGGAAGACCCUUAGUUCAAGUCCCCCCUCCACCUGAUGAGGUAAAAGAAUUUGAACAUGGAUCUGCCAACUCUCGGAGGAGUACCCUAGCCAUAGAGCAAGUCUGGCUGUGGGACUCUCAGUCUAUCCCAGUAAAACAGUUCCACUGUAUAUAAAUACUUAGUCAUUGGGCCAGAGAGAGAAAGUGAGACUAAUCCAAUAGUCUUGUGGUGAGAUCACCUACCUGUCAGGUGGUAACCUUGUCUCCAGUUCCUUUGCUCUAAUGACUCCUUACAUUGAUGUUAUCCUAACUUCCACCAUGAAGAAGACUGCACACUGAACAAUGUAACGAAGGGUGAGAAAGUCCACCUACUUAAAAGUGCAGAAAGAUUUCAAUUCUUAUUGCUAAAAUUCUAUAGGGAAUUUCUGUGCUUCAAAGGAAGUCAGAAUUUGGCCUUGGAGAGAAUAAUUAUUGUUUUCCUAGAACACUGAACCCAUUGGAGUUGAGUUCUAUUCCAUAAAACCAGACUCUUGGGCUCUUAGGCACUCUUAAUUGGAAAAUGCCAAACUCAUAUAAACCUAACAACUUCCUUCCAACUAUAAAAUAUUUCCUAAUUUCAAAUGGUGCAAAAGAAAAGAAUUUCACUAGCAAUAUUGAUUUAAAAAAUCGAGCCUUAAAGCAGUUUAAGAUUGGGGGGCAAUACUCUGAAGAGCAUAACUGGGCUAAUAGAAUUUGAAAAUGACAACAUUGUAACUGAGGCUUUGUCUACACUAGCACUUUUGUCAGCAAAAAUUGUGUGGGUCAGGGGUGUGGAAAAAACCACACCCUUGACCGACAUAAGUCUCACUGACAGAAGCACCGGUGUGGACAGCACUAUGUCGGUGGAGACGCUCUCCCGCCGACGUAGCUACCGCCACUCAUUGGGGGUGGUUUAAUUAUGUUGGUGGGAAAGCUCUCUCCCACCGGCAUUGACUGUCUAUACAGGAGACUUUACAGCGGCGUAGCUACUGUGGUACAGCUGUGCCGCUGUAAGGUCCGUAGUGUAGGCAUAGAUUAAAACUGAGCUGGUGCUGAUUAAACCUCAUGCUUUCCACUGCAGCUGCCAGAGUUGUUAUUCACACCUUGAGUCUGUGAUGGUAAUGUCACUUCACGUAGUUUACUGCUUAAUAGAGCUACCCUUCAAAUCUUUUUGGUUUGAUGAACAUAACUAAAGUUCAGCUGUUCUUAUUGUGUUAUCAUAUUUUUAUGGAAAUGCAUUGUUUGAUUACUUUUUGUUCUCUUUCAGCUCAGUUCCUAACUGUAACUGCUACUGAGAACUUGUAAUUUUGUUGUUCACUGUUCUACUCUGUCCUGUAUUUUACACUUAACCCCCUGAUUGUUCUGUUUUUACAAGUGUGAGUGACAACUACUUGCAAGUCCUUUGAUCUCUCACCCUUGUUUCAUUACUCUGUAUGUGUGAGUGAGGAAAGCUGUCUUCUAACAUCAAAAUCUCACUACAAUCUUUAUUUGUGUGUGUUCUAAACUUUGGAAUACUUUUAUGCUAAUCCCUAAACCUGCUUGAUUAGCUUUAAUUUAAAAACUUUGGUUACUCAAAUUGCUUUCUGGUCUUUCAUACUUAUAAAAUUGCCUACUAAUUCCAUAAAAUCUGAGCUAAUCCCCUCUGUUCUGCACUGUUGCAAGGAACUGGACUAGAUGACCUCUCGAGGUCCCUUCCAGUCCUGUGAUUCUUGUACCCCCAGCUUUUGUAUGUUUCAUUGCAGCCAUUUCUAGCUAGAAAUGUAUCUAAACAGUGCUGAAUUUUGAGCUAUAAUAAUUCUAUACAUUUGAAUUUGCCUUCAGAAUGAUGCUUAGCUUCACAAAGUUACUUUCUUAAUACAGAAGUAAAAAGUCAUUGUUUUGCUAGGUUUUGUUAAAUUUACACUAUAUUCAAUUUGAUGUCCUAUCCAAUUUAUCUAGUUUUGUCCAAAUAUGUUUUUAGUUUAAAAGAUUUAAUAUCCAAUUAAUUAGUUUUAAUCUAGUUAUGUCAUUGAGUUAAUAUUUGGUUUUCUGAUAUUUCUGUCUACUUGUUGAAUUCUGUUAAUAAUGCUUAGCUACUAGUGAAUUUUAAUUAAGUGAAUAUCAUUGAAUUAAAUGCCCAUAGAUGUUUCAGUUUUAUAGUCAGUUUUGUAACACUAGUCCAUUCUAUAUAAUAAACCAAAUUUGUUUUAAUUUCCUUUCUGUUUCAGAAUUUCAAGUUUAGUUAAGAGGCUGUUUUAACAGUUACUACAUUUUAUCAGCCAAUUUAUUUACUUUUUUUUUUUAAUCUGGUGAGUCUCAUUCACAUAAUCUUUGUUCAUUCAAUUGCUUGUUGGUUCCUUCUCUUAUUUUUGCUUACUUAAAUCAGUGUUUCUUUAUUUAAAGUCAAUUUUAAUUGUUUAUUUUGGGACAUCCCUUAGUGUAUAGAAAAAAGAAUCCUUGGUAAAUUUUUAUGUGAUUACUUUCUGAGCGCAGUCUGAUUAAUAAUCAUAAUAAAUAAUUCCAUUUGUUGGUCUGAUUUUCCU